AUGGCCUCCUCCCGGCCGUCCACCCUCCAGCGCUUCGUGCCCGCCAUGAAGAGCUUCGUGCGCAACUACUCUGCCCCUGGCGAGGGAUCCAUCCCCCCGGCCAAGCAGAAGUACAUUCCCACUUCUGGCACUUAUCCCAAGGGCUUCCUCGCCUCCAGCGCCCACGUCGGCGUCAAGGCUUCGAACACGCGCUUCGACGACCUUGCUCUGAUCGCGUCCGAGACGCCUUGCUCGGGUGCCGCUGUUUUCACCACCAACAAGUUCCAGGCUGCGCCCGUGACGGUCAGCAGGGAUAUGCUCAAGACGAGGAGCGGCGCAGGCAUUCGGUCCGUCGUUGUUAAUUCGGGUUGCGCCAAUGCCGUCACUGGCAAGGGCGGCAUUGAGGAUGCAAUUGCAAUGGGCCAGAAGGCAGACGCGUGCUUUGGCGAAAGCGACGCCAAGGGUAGCCAGAGCAUCGUCAUGAGCACUGGUGUCAUCGGCCAGAGGCUCCCUAUCCAGAAGAUCCUCGAUAAGAUCCCGGCAGCCCACCAAGGCCUGGGCAACGACCACUCGAACUGGCUCAAGGCUGCUCGCGCCAUCUGCACCACCGACACGUUCCCCAAGCUUCUCUCCCGGCAAUUCACCCUCCCCAGCUCCCCCAACACCACGUACUCGAUCGUCGGCAUGACCAAGGGCGCUGGCAUGAUCCACCCCAACAUGGCUACUCUUCUCGGAAUCAUCUGCACUGACGCUCCCGUUGCCCCUUCUGCCCUGCAGCCGCUUCUGACUGCCGCCGUCACCAAGAGCUUCAACUCGAUUUCCAUUGACGGUGACACGAGCACUAACGACACUGUUGCCAUCCUGGCCAACGGCGCCGCCGGUGGCUCUGAGAUCAGCUCCGCCUCCAGCACUGGCUACGCCGAGCUUGAGAAGAUCCUGACCGACUUCGCUGCUGAUCUGUCCCAGCUCGUUGUCCGCGAUGGCGAGGGCGCCACCAAGUUCGUCACGAUCCGGGUUACUAAUGCUGCCACGUACGCGGACGCGAAGAAGGUUGCAUCCACCAUUGCUCGUUCUCCCCUGGUCAAGACGGCGCUGUACGGCAAGGACGCCAACUGGGGCCGCAUUCUGUGCGCCACCGGCUAUGCCGAGGGUGUCGAAAGCGUCGUCCCCACCCAGACCAGCGUCAGCUUUGUCCCUACGGAUGGUUCCGAGGAGCUGAAGCUGCUUGUCAAGGGUGAGCCCGAAAAGGUUGAUGAGUCCCGCGCGGCCCAGAUUCUUGAGGCCGAGGACCUGGAGAUUCUGGUCAGGUUGAGCGAAACGCCUGGCGAGGAGGCUGUGUACUGGACUUGCGAUUUCAGCCACGAGUAUGUCACGAUCAACGGCGACUACAGAACGUAG